UCGAUGACCAUCAAUCAUCAUGCGGCUGUCUCUCGCUCUACAUCCUUCGUGCUAUUCCUCCUUCUCCUCCUCCUCCGCCGCCGCCGCCGCAUCAUCUUCGUCCACCCUUUUCGUACGGCCACGCUUCCGCCCUGCUGCUAGCCCUAACGCUCAUCAUCUCCUCCCUUCUUCCUCCCCUCCCUUGGCUAGCCGGACUGAGGCUAAUUCUCCUUUCCACCAUCUCCGCCGUUCCUGCGUUGGCGCACCUUCGAGGCCCUCUGGCCUCAGGUUCUGCCCCAGAAGCGCCUCUAGACCCAGUCCUUCUCCUCCUCCUCCUCCCGGGGAGGAUCGAAAUUAUAUAGAUGGUAUGCAGACAACCUUGACACGGAUCCAGGAUAGGCUGCGAAUCUUCUUUGCUGUUCUUUUCUGGAUGUCCUUGUUCUUCUGGGCAAGUAUAUACGAUGGAAAAAAUGAUGCAAAAAAGAAGGGGCCAUGGUUUCGAAAAUGAAUGCAGGUCAAACCUUGAUCAAUAUGCUACCUUAUUAGUCUGAGUAGAAGAAAAAAAAAUCUCAAGGCUUUUACGUGGUUAUAGUGUCAGUAGGUGUCAAAUAGAUAUACAAUGUGAAUAUAUUUGAUUCCAAUCAUUGUUAAAGUUCAAUGGGGCGGUUGGCAGAACAAUCUUUAUAUUCAUGUUUUUCAUGCAACCUGUGAGUGGUUUGUGAUGCUACUCUUAAGGAAUAUCUUUCUUUCACCCCGAUCAACUGCCUCGGCAGCAUUAGAAUUGUCCGAACUGUUCCUACUUGGAGAAGCUGUGGAAGUUGAGAGCUCCAUCUCUUGUUUGAUCGAUUGGUGUUGAUUCCACGGUAAAACUCUCUUCUGUCUCUAUGCUUUUGCAGCCAAGAAUCAUAAGAGAGAGACCUUGACUAUACCUUGAAGCUGAAGAAGAAAAGAGUCCUCCCACAUCUAAUAGCAUUGCAGAUGCUGGUCAUCAAAGGUUUCUUUUCACAUCUUAGCUGAGUCUUUCCUGAGUGGAGAUAGCAUUCCACCAUUUAUUGUGUCUUUAAUGUUUACUGAUCUGCAUAAUGGCUAACAGUUUGUUCAUUGACGUUUUGAACUUUUUUCUGGGCAAAAAAUGAAUUGAGAGAUCGAUGGAA